AUGAUGGUUAACCAGUUAGAAAUGUUCAUGGCAGUCUCCCUCAUCUUCGUCGGUCAAGCAUUUGUGAGUUUCGAUUCUGUUGAAUUGGCUACCGCCGCGUUGCACGCCGUCCACGGCUACCGCCUGCACGACCGACCGGUUUUUGUGCAGUACGCCCGGGUUGCUCCAGCUAAGCCCGAUCCCAAAAGCCUAAUUGUAUCGGCCGAGUGA